AUGCAGCUAGUCGAUUGGCUGGAUGACUUAUGCGUACGCUUCAUAAUCAACCUCCCUAAAGAAGAGCUCGAAUCCGUUGAGCGAAUAUGCUUUCAAGUAGAAGAAGCACAAUGGUUUUACGAGGACUUCAUCCGUCCUCUGGACCCGGACCUGCCUUCUCUCAAUCUCAGAAAUUUCUGCCUCCUCAUAUUCCAGCACUGCCCAAUGUUCUCGUCAUACUCGACAUAUCACCAUGCUCAGGCAUUUUCGGAGUUUCUGGCGUAUAAGACACGUGUACCGGUGCGGGGAGCUAUAAUGCUCAAUGAACAAAUGGAUUCGGUAGUAUUGGUCAAAGGGUGGAAGAAAGGCGCCAACUGGAGUUUUCCUAGGGGAAAGAUCAACAAAGAUGAGCCGGAUUUGGAUUGUGCGGUCAGAGAAGUUUACGAGGAAACGGGAUACGACAUCAAAGCGGCGGGUCUGGUUGGUAGCGAGGAGGAGACGAAACACAUCGAAGUCACGAUGAGGGAACAGCAUAUGCGGCUCUACGUCUUCCGAGGAGUCCCCACGGACACAUACUUUGAGCCGCGCACGAGGAAAGAGAUCAGCAAGAUUGGGUGGUACAAAUUGUCGGAUUUACCGACCAUCAGGAAGAAGAAACAGCAGCAGGAGGGCAAAGGCGAGGAUCUUGCGGUCAACGCGAAUAAGUUCUACAUGGUGGCGCCGUUCCUGGUGCCCUUGAAAAAAUGGAUUUCAGCACAGAGAAAGCUGGAGAAAGCCAAACAAUCAAACGGCACAGUUGCCAACGCUAUUGCUAUAGACGAAGAGCCAGUUCACAUUGCGAACCACGAGGUUGAAGAGAGCACUGUACUGCACCCAUCCAGUGAAAAGUUAGGGAGGCUACUCGACAGUCUUCGGCAAUCGGCUUUACCAACCAAGACGAGUGAUCUUCCUGAAGCGUCUGGACUUCCUGUUGGCCCAAAGGACAUGGCCGCUCAAUUGAAGUCAGUCCUCGGUGUCCCAUCAACGCAGCCUGCGGACUCCGUGGCGGAAGCGGCAGCAGCAGAACCGCUUUCGACAAGCAGGACGGAAAAUCAAAAGUCGAAUGCUUUGCUUGCUUUAUUGCGGGGCGGUCCUGCCGCACAAUUGAAUCAAAUUCCGCAGACCCCAUUCGAACAAGUAAUCGAAAGUCCACCUCCGCCUGCGUCUCCCCCUCGCCCACAUCAACAACCGCCACGCAUCUCUUCGCUAUCUCCUCCACCUACACUCCAUUUUCCAACAACUCACGAUCGACCUACUAUGGCGUCCUCUCUGGCCAUCGGACAGCCUGCGAUGAUGCCUCAGGCCCCAGUCGGCCAAUCGCUGCAACCUCCACUGGUCAGACCUAUCCCACCACCACAGCAGCCGGCUCAGCUUGUUCCUCGAGCUUCUACUCUUCGUCAAAAGAAGCCAGUCCCCAUAGUAAAUUCCAAACAGCAGACUCUUGCUCCUUAUCAACGCACUGGCGAUCCUCAAUUCGCCCAGUACUCUCAAGUACCCGGUAACAACGCUCCAUCAAUACCUCCAGCCAGCAAACUACCACCACCGAAGCUCACAGCACAAUCUUCUGCACUUCUCAAUCUCUUCAAGGAUAGGCCGCCAGCUAAGACCCCAAUCGCGGAUGGCGACAUUAAGAUGUCAGGGAAAGUCGAGUCACAGACAGCACCUGCAAAUCCAUCUGCAAAUGUUGCCCAAAUGCUAGACAUUCUCGAAGGCCAUGGAAAAUUUGCAAGCCCGGCGAGUCAGAAAAGGCCAGACAUGGUCCAAGCACCAAUUUGGAUUGACAAACCCAAAUCAGAGCAUCAUGACAAGCUGCUGAGCUUAUUUCGUAGUCCAUCAAUUCCAGCUGCAGAGCCAGUGAAGCCGGCAGCAAAUUCCUUGCAGCCGCCAUCUGGGCCGGUGGAGCUCUCUGCACAACCGAUGACCCCUGGACACUCUAGAGAACCCUCUCGAGCUGACAUACUACCUCAAGAGCAAGCGGCGAAGAUAGUUCGAAAUGGAUCGGCCAAAGCCCACAAACAACCGCGACAAGACACUUCCAAGGCAGACAAUCCACCUGUGUCUGCCACGGUCAAGGGUCCUCUAAAUGUUCCCCAAUUCGAUAUGCUUGCCAAAGCGGCGAAAGAAGCGAAACAUACUGCUCACGGCAAUAGCCAUAAGGAUUCACCCGGAAAGUCACCAGUCAUCAUUCUAGCUCGACCAUCGAGUUCGAAUGCCCAUCCUCAAGCACCUCUCAGCUUGACUGAUGCCAAUACUCCCACACCACCACCAAAACAGCAGAAAGCCGCUGUUGCUCCCAAACUGCAGACUCUCAUAUCUCCUAUCAAGACUAUGCCUCCUACGCCCGAUCUCAAAGGCCAUGCCGUACCACCCAAACCAUUCCACCCUCAGAUCCUCCGCCGCCCACCACACGCUGAAGACGCCAAUGAACCUUCUCCCAUCCAACCACUUCCUUCACCAAAACACAGUCUCCUCGCCAACCGCACUACUCAACCAACCGAUCACAAGAAAUCCCUCCUAUCCCUAUUCACGAAACCCUCGCCAAUCGUCUCUCCCGCACUGACCGCUCCAUCUAGCGCCAUCGACCCGGCAAGCUUCAUAAGUCCGCUAUCAGAGAAACCAACACCGCGCGAGCAAGCUGAUGCAGCUUUUGCGAAACUGACGCGCGAUGUUGGAGGCUUCUCGCAGAAACCCACCGCGCCACCUGUUUCAUCGUCAAGAGCCAGUAGCGUCAAUGCCAUUGUUGCGGGUAUGGGAGGCAAAGAGAGAGUGACAGGUGGUACGAAGACACCGACGCCUAGGACUACGCCCGUAGAUCGGAGCUUUUUGCUUGGGUAUUUGGAGGAUGUUGCGAAGGGUGGGAGAUGA